GCUGUUUCCUGUCUACAGUGUCUGUGUAAUGUAGAUAAAUGUGAGGAUUUUCUCUAAAUCCCUCUUCUGUUUGCUAAAUCUCACUGUCACUGCUAAAAUCAGAGCAGAUAGAGCCUGCGCAAUGGAAUAAAGUCCUCAAUAUUGAAAUGUGACAUUGCUCUCAACAUCUCACAUCUCUCUGGAUUUCUUUUUUCUCAUCAUUACUGCUAACAAAUUCAUUUCCAGACUUUGCACUUUUAAGAAGCAAUGGAAAAAAUCAACAGUCUUUCAACACAAUUAGUUAAGUGCUGCUUUUGUGAUUUCUUGAAGGUGAAGAUGCACACUGUGUCCUACAUUCAUUUCUUCUACCUUGGCCUGUGUUUGCUUACCUUAACCAGUUCUGCUGCUGCCGGCCCAGAGACGCUCUGUGGUGCUGAGCUGGUUGAUGCUCUUCAGUUCGUCUGUGGAGACAGAGGCUUUUACUUCAGUAAGCCUACAGGGUAUGGAUCCAGCAGUAGACGCUUACACCACAAGGGAAUAGUGGAUGAAUGCUGCUUCCAAAGCUGUGACCUGAGGAGGCUGGAGAUGUAUUGUGCUCCAAUCAAGCCACCUAAAUCUGCACGCUCUGUACGUGCUCAGCGCCACACUGAUAUGCCAAAAGCACAAAAGGAAGUGCAUUUGAAGAAUACAAGUAGAGGGAACACAGGAAACAGAAACUACAGAAUGUAAGAACAUGCCAUCCACAAGAGUGAAGAAUGAAUGUGCCAUCUGCAGGAUACUUUGCUGUAAAUAAAUUAUUUGUUAAACAUUGGAAGACUUAAAAAAAAACUAUGGUUUAGUAAGCUUGAUGCAAUCUCAACCAAUGGGCAUUCUCCCAGUGAACAAUGCAACUAAACAUUCCAAUAUUAAGUCUUUAGAGAAUAGAACAUUUUAACCAGCCCAGAGUUUUAAAAAAAAAAAAAAAAUCUGUGGUUGAUAUAUUACUAUUUGUUAACCUGUUUUAAAUGUCCUGCACAAAAACUCUUAAAGUCCUGUGCCCCUCAAAAGCCUACAAAUUUAUGGGCCUUUGAUGGAUCCAAUUGCACUAAAUUAACCUAUGAACGCUGGCUGCUGGAGUCGUUCAUCAGCCUUGUCUAAGUGUUUUUUCUUUAUUUGCACUUCUAUACAAGCAACAGGCUGUUUCUUUUACAGUGUCUGAUAACAUUGUUUGUCUACCCCUUCGUAUUUGCACAGUUUGACAUUCCCAGUAGCAGCAGCAGUAAGGUAACAUACCGUUUUAAACAUCCAUUAAUUCCAUCUGUGGCAUUUUGACAGAAUAUGGGUUAUACAUACAUUCAUUUUAGGACAGUUUUUUUUUUCCUUCUCUUGCAAAGAUGCAGUUUGUUGCAAUUUGUGAGACAAAUGAUUUUUAAAAGCAGUUAAAGCAUACAUAGGCUCUAAAACCAUUAAUGAUUCUUCCAGGUAAUUGUUUUGCAACAGUAUAGGUAACUUCUUUCUUCCUCCAUAUAAUGCAGUAUGUAAAAUUUAGCAUAUCAAUAAUACACAUAUAUCAAACAGUAUGUAAAAAUCUGUUUUAUAGUACAACGGUGCUAUUUUAUAGUUUGUUAUAUGAAAGGGUCUGGCCAAAACCGUAAAAGGUAAAAGCAAAUAUGGAAAUAUCAAGCCAAAGAUGAAAUUAAAAAAAAAAUAGUUUGAAGAAUAUUCAGUUCUAUUUUUAAAUUGGCUUAAAUGGCUUUACAUUCCAAUAUGCAAAUAACUUUCCCUUCUGCAAAAGAAAAUUCAGAUAUACUUGCUUCCUUUUAGAGAUUUAGAUGAUGGCGUAUUCACUUGCAGUUACUUGGAUUCAUAGAUGCAUGGGCCCAGAGAAGACAAUUUAAAAAAACAGCUUUCAAAUUACUUCAAAGGGUAGCAUCAGGCCUCGAUCUUUCUGAAGUAUCAGCAGUCUACUCUUUUGUGAAAGAGGGCUAACCAUGUUCUCUGCCAUUUUAAUUCUUCCCACAAUCUGAGGUGACUAAAUGGAGUGUUAAUUAGGCCACUGCAUCUCUGUAAAUCAGCAAAGCUAAUCUAAUCACCAAAUUACAGCGUAAAAAGAAUCUUCAGGAAGGGAUAAACCAUAAAAUCCUUCAAAAUGCUACUUACAAUACCUUUCAUGCACUCUUAUACAAGACAUAGAACAUAUUUCUAGAUAACCUCUGCCGUGUCACCUCGAUAUGGAAUGCACUGUUUCUACCUUGAGUAACACUGUUUCCUCUGCUUCGUUUUUGUAAAUUAAUUCAGAGCUAGAUUGACCAAGCAGCAAGGGGGAUAGGUAACCAAGAGCAUCCCAAGGAGAGCAAUAAACUUUUACUUAGAAGAAAGGAAGAGAAGGCAGUGGAGAAGACACUUUCUACGCUGUCCAGAACUGCAGUGUGGUUCCCCUUGUCCUUCUCCUGCCAUCGCACUGCACUGCCCAUGGCAAGCUCAGACAGGGGAAGGAGCAUUACUUGGUCAGCCUCAAAGAGGGCAGGGGGAAUACUGUAUGAAGGGAGCAGCUACAGACAUAGGGAGAUGUUAUAUCAAAUCUGUAAAGGAAAUAUAUCUCUUUAAAGGCUCAAAUCUGCCAACCUUCAACUUCUACUGAAUCCAUAGGAAUAGAUGACUGAAUUAGUAACUCCUCAAUUGUUUCAUUCCUUUAGAAAAAAUGGGUUUCAUAUUUUUUUGCAAGGAAUAUGCAAUGUAUUCUUAUGCAACUCUUUAAACCCUCCUCUUUCUGUGAGAUGCAUGUUUAUAAGCAGAAUAGGUUGCCAUCAUACCAUCAUGCCGUCAUAAAAGCAGAACAGUAAAUGAUUAAAUAGAAUGUAUCACAUCUGUCACUGACAGAGAUGGGUAUGUUGAAAAAAAGGGAAGAAGGUACAGAGAAGCAGUUGGGGAAACUAACCUUAACUAUUUACCAUCAGUUCAAUAAACAGAGGUAGCAAUUCUGAUAUGUUACAACUGUCACAAGGGAUUUUUUGGUGGGGGGAUUGGGAGAGGUGUUUUUACUUCAGUGGCUGUUAAGAAUUCUGAAGGGCACUCUAAGAAUAAGCCAUUAUUUUCAUCUGUCAAAAACAUAAUACAUAUUUCCAUUUUGGGUCUCAUGAUUCCUGUCCCCUACCUCCUCUCGAGAUCUGGGCAAGGAGGGAGAAAAAGCAUGAGCCCAAAAAGCAAACUGCAGAUCUCUGUGGAUGGCAAGUUUCUUCAGACAUAAAAUGUUGUUGAUGCAGUGCUAACCAGUUUUUCUGCAAAACUAGACAUCACUGUAUUAUUUAAAUUGCUGCAAAUUAAAUCCAAAUGUUGUUCCUAUCCUGGGAUUCAUGCAAUCUCAUUACAUGCCACUGUGUUUCUUCCCUUGAGUACCAUAAUCAGAAAGUGUCUCUGGUAGACAACAUUAUCCAACCUCAGAACUUGACAAGUGUCCAAACAAAUUAUAACAAUUCUUGGAAAGAAAGCAGAAUAAAUAACGAGUGGCUAAAAGCUUCAAAGGAAACGUAUUAUUUUAUUAAAGGAGGAAUGGGACUGCAAUACAGAGACUAGAUCCACCACAGUAAAGGUGAGAAAUGCAUGGGUAGGGAAUAUCUAUUUGCAUGAGAAUUCUCCAGACUUAUGGCAGGGAGCACAUAA